AUGUUCACUUUCCCAGGCAGCGCGAACCCAGUCCGGUCGGGAGACCGCGCCCGAGAGGUCUGCGUCGUAGGAGCUGGUGUAAGCGGACUUCGAGCGGCCGAGCUACUUGCCGCCGCAGGAUUGAGUGUGACAGUUCUCGAGGCUCGAGACCGCAUUGGAGGUCGAGUACAUCAGAGUUCUCAACUUGGUCUGCCAAUUGAUCUUGGCGCCAGUUGGAUCCAUGGGACCCAGAAUAACCCCUUCGUGGCUCUUGCCGAGGAGGCAGAGGCCACGACCGUAAGUUGUGCUGCCGUGUCCUCGGUCUGUGGCGCGGAUGGGGACUGGCUCAGCCAUAACACAGCAACGGCCUACUACGAGGAAGUAUGGGAGAUCCUAGAGAUGGCCAUGGCACAUAGUAGGCAGAAUUCCACCUCAAUUUCGGAUUCAUCUAGUAUGAUGGGGUUCUUCCGUAAGGAAGUCAGGACCAGAAGCCCGAGGGCCGAGGAUCCAGUGACCUAUGAGGCAUUGAUGUUGCAAAUAGUUGAGAUGUGGGGGGCUUUCAUGGGCGACGAAUGCGAAAACCAGAGCCUCAAAAAUAUGUGGUUGGAUGCUGGUUUAGAAGGAAGUAGGGCUGCUAUAGUUUAUGCCAUCAUUUUUGAGCCGCUGGUAUUAACAAAUGGUCUAGAUAACUUAUUCGUGGCCUCGACUUUCAAGGAGAUACUGCAUAAUCUAUUCCUUCCGGUCGCAAACAAGGCGACGGUGCGACUCGGGUGCGAGGUGACUCGGAUCGCAAAUGGCCCGCAUGGGGUUUCCAUCGAAGCUGGAGAUGGCUUCCGAUAUGUCUUCGAUGAUGUCGUCGUGACGGCGCCGUUGGGCUGGCUGAAGCGUAACGAGACAGUGUUCUCGCCACCUCUGACACCAGCCCUAUCGACCGCGAUCUCCAGCAUCGGAUACGGAAAUCUUGAAAAAGUUUUCAUCCGGUUUCCUCGGGCAUUUUGGGAGACUCGGGUAUCCGGGCAAGACGCUUUUCGCGGAGUUGAAUCCCGCCGGACCGAAGGCCCAUCCUUCCCAAUUGAAUCGCUUUUUCUCCGUCCUCAUUAUGCCGCCAAGAUAAAUCCCAAAAAGUGGCGAACUGAAAUCGUAUCUUUUUCAGGCCUACCUGAAAGAUUAUCCCAGCCUAUCAUCAUGUUCUUCGUUUAUGGGGCGUGGGCCAAUCACAUCACUAAACUUGUCCGCAAACUGAAGCAGAAUUCAGAUGAAUAUUUCAAACACCUUGACGAGCACUUCCAGCCCUAUUAUUCUCGAUUACCCAAUUACAACUCCGCCUCUGCUGACUGUAAGCCGUUGGAAUAUUUGUCGACCGAUUGGCAAAAUGACGAUCACGCAGGUAACGGAUCAUUUGCCAAUCUACCAGUGGGCUCUGGAAAUUGUGCACAGCAUUUCCAGGUGCUUCGAGAGGGCAUGGGAAAAGAUCGGGGCAUCUGGUUUGCCGGGGAGCACACGUCACCUCUAGGCGGACUUGGAACUGUCACAGGUGCAUACUGGAGUGGAGAGGAGGUUGCCAAAAGUGUGGCGCGCCGACAUGGGAUCAAAAUAGCUAUUUAG